AUGUCAGAAGACACGAGCGAGCACGCCCUCUCGGACGGGGAACUGGCCGAGACUUAUGCCUUUGCCAUCCAGCUGGGCAAAGACGCGGGACAAAUCCUCCUGGACAGUCUGCACAAAAGACGCCGGGAUGGGAACGAGGACGGGCUUGGAGAAGACCUGCUGGUGAUGCAGGAAAAGCUCAACGCCGUCGACAUCGUGACUGAGACAGACACUCGCGUCGAGGAAUUCAUCCACUCGUCCAUAGUGCGCAAGUAUCCGGCGCACGCCUUCGUCGGUGAGGAGAUGUACUCCCAGGGCUUUUCCAAGGAAUACCUAGUGACGGACAAGCCGACGUGGGUGGUCGACCCGCUGGACGGCACCGUCAACUUCACGCACGGCUUCGUCAUGUUUUGUGUGAGCAUCGCCCUGGUCGUCAAGCAGGUUCCCGUGGUGGGCGUCGUCUACGCGCCUCUCCUGAACCAGCUGUUCUCUGCGUGUCGCGGGCGCGGCGCCUGGCUGAACGAGACGACCAGGCUGCCUCUCCUGGGACGCCGAGGAGUCGGGCCAAUCCCCAAGACCGCGCCAUCGAAAUGUAUCUUUGCGUUCGAAUGGGGCAAGGAUCGCAGGGACACGCCCCAGGGAAACAUGCACCGCAAGGUCGACAGCUUCGUCACCAUGGCUGCUGAAGUCGGCGGCCGGGAUGGUAAAGGCGGCAUGGUCCACGGUAUGAGGAGUCUGGGUAGCGCGACGAUGGAUCUCGCGUACACGGCCAUGGGCAGCUUUGACAUCUGGUGGGAGGGCGGGUGCUGGGAGUGGGAUGUCGCAGCGGGGAUUUGUCUGUUAAGAGAGGCCGGGGGAUUGGUCACCACAGCGAAUCCGCCAGAUGAUUACGAGGGCGCGAAGAUUGAGGAUGCAAAGUUGGGCGGGCGGCUGUAUCUUGCCAUUCGGCCUGCGAGUGAUGGUCCCGAUGGCGAGACGGCAAGGCAAGGGCAGGAGAGAUGUGUCAGGGAAGUUUGGAGGAGGGUAAGGAGGUUGGACUAUUCUAGGCCUGGCGCUUGA